AUGUCUAUUCUGGUUGCUAGAGCGCUGCCAGCGCUGAAGAUCGGCCGUAUGUCUGGUGCACGGGUUGCUUCCAAGACCGUGUCCAACUCGUUUGUGAGAUACGCGGGAACUUUCGACAGAUCCAAGCCCCAUGUCAACAUUGGUACCAUUGGCCAUGUGGAUCACGGUAAGACCACCUUGACCGCCGCCAUCACCAAGGUUCUUUCCCAAAAGGGAGGUGCCAACUUCUUGGACUACUCUUCUAUUGACAAGGCUCCAGAAGAGCGUGCCAGAGGUAUCACCAUCUCCACUGCUCACGUUGAGUAUGAAACCCCGAACAGACACUACUCGCACGUUGACUGUCCAGGCCAUCAAGAUUACAUCAAAAACAUGAUUACCGGUGCUGCUCAGAUGGACGGUGCCAUUAUUGUUGUUGCCGCCACCGACGGACAGAUGCCUCAGACCAGAGAGCACUUGUUGCUUGCCAGACAGGUUGGUGUCCAGAAGUUGGUUGUUUUCGUUAACAAGGUUGACACCAUCGAUGACCCAGAGAUGUUGGAGCUUGUUGAGAUGGAAAUGAGAGAAUUGUUGGCUUCUUACGGUUUCGACGGAGAUGAAACUCCAGUUAUCAUGGGAUCUGCUUUGUGUGCUUUGGAAGGAAAACAACCAGAGAUUGGUGAACAGGCCAUUGAGAAGUUGAUGGCUGCUGUUGACGAGCACAUCCCAACCCCAGUUAGAGAUCUCGAGCAACCAUUCCUGUUGCCUGUUGAUGAGGUGUUCUCCAUCUCCGGUAGAGGUACUGUUAUCUCCGGUACUGUCGAGAGAGGUGUUUUAAAGAAGGGUGAAGAAAUCGAGAUUGUUGGUGGUAAAGGUGCUCCAGUCAAGACCAUUGUUACCGGUAUCGAGAUGUACCACAAGGACCUUGACCAGGCCAUGGCCGGUGACACCCCAGGUAUCUUGUUGAGAGGUGUCAAGAGAGAGCAGAUCCAAAGAGGUAUGAUUGCUUCCAAGGUUGGUUCUUUGAAGCCAUACAAGAAGUUCUUGGCUUCCAUGUACAUCUUGACCAAAGAGGAAGGUGGAAGACACACUCCUUUCAGUGAGAACUACAAGCCACAGAUGUUUGUGAGAACCACCAACGUCAGUGUCACCUUGAAGUUCCCAGAGACCGAGGAGGAUCACUCCAAGCAGGUCAUGCCAGGAGACAAUGUUGAGAUGAUUGUUGAGCUGUUCAGUCCUGUUGCUCUGGAAACUGGUCAAAGAUUCAACCUCAGAGAGUCUGGAAAGACCGUCGGUACUGGUAUGAUCACCAGACUGUAUGAGUAA